CCCCAUCAUUGGUGUCAGUGUGGGAGGAAUAGUGCCCCAUCGUUGGUUUCGGUGGGAGGAAUAGUGCCCCAUCAUUGGUGUCAGUGUGGGAGGAAUAGUGCCCCAUCAUUGGUGUCAGUGGGAGGAAUAGUGUCCCAUCAUUGGUUUCAGUGGGAGGAAUAGUGCCCCAUCAUUGGUGUCAGUGGAAGAAUAGUGUCCCAGCAUUGGUGUCAGUGGGAGGAAUAGUGCCCCAUCAUUGGUGUCUGUGGGAGGAAUAGUGCCACAUCAUUGGUAUCAGUGGGAGGAAUAGUGCCCCAUCAUUGGUGUCAGUGGGAGGAAUAGUGCCCCAUCAUUGGUGUCAGUGUGGGAGGAAUAGUGCCCCAUCAUUGGUGUCAGUGGGAGGAAUAG